AUGGCGUGGGACCAUCUCGAUUUCGACAAGCCACAUUUGGCAUACAUGAUCCUUGGCGGGUUCACAAGCCUUUUCAUGCUGUGCUCCCUGUUUGUUAAGGAGAAGCUGUACAUUGGAGAAGCAACCGUUGCCACGUUGUGUGGUGUUAUUUUCGGGCCACACGCCGCAAACCUUUUCAACCCGACAACGUGGGGAAAUGUUGACAAGCUUACCCUCGAGUGUUCCCGAAUUGUCCUGGUCGUGCAAUGUUUCGCCGUCGGCGUCGAACUGCCCAAGUCCUACAUGGAGAGGCAUUGGAGGUCCGUCGUCAUGCUGCUGCUACCCAUCAUGACCCUCGGAUGGCUGGUGACAAGUCUUUUUAUCUGGUGGAUGGUUGAGCCAUUGACCUGGCUGGAGAGCUUGAUCUGUGCUGCAUGCGUUACAGCCACCGACCCCGUACUGGCGUCCUCCGUCGUCGGAAAGGGUAAAUUCGCAAAACGAGUGCCCAAGCAUCUCCGAGACGUUCUCUCUGCGGAGUCUGGCUGCAACGACGGCAUGGCUUUCCCUUUCAUCUACCUCUCCUUGUACAUUCUGGCCUACCGUCCGGAUAGCGCCAAGGUCGCUGAACACUGGAUACUUACCACUAUCCUGUACGAAUGCAUCUUUGGCGCCAUAUUCGGCUUCCUCAUCGGCUACGCUGGUCGUCAUGCCAUCAGAUUUGCCGAGUCCAAGAAGUUGAUUGACCGAGAGAGUUUCCUUGUUUUCUACUUCGUUCUCGCCCUUUUCUGCGCCGGCGCUGGUAGUUCACUUGGUAUGGACGACCUUCUCAUCGGGUUUUCUGCUGGUAUUGGAUUCAGUAACGAUGGCUGGUUCACCGAAAAGACCGAAGAAUCUCACGUUUCCAACGUCAUCGAUCUGUUACUCAAUCUUGCUUAUUUCGUCUACUUCGGCGCCAUCAUUCCCUGGGAGCAGUACAACGUCCCAGAUCUAGGCCUGGUCCCAUGGCGCUUGGUCAUCCUUGCAAUCCUCGUCAUCUGCUUCCGCCGAAUCCCAGCCAUGCUUUUGAUGAAGCCACUUAUUCCAGACAUCAAAACGUGGCGAGAAGCAUUAUUCGCGGGCCAUUUCGGCCCAAUUGGCGUCGGUGCCAUAUUUGCCUGUAUUUUGGCACGAGCUGAGCUCGAGACGCACACAACUCAACCGCUGGAUGGGUUACCUGAGCCGGGAAGCCACAAUUAUAUCAUAAUCUACGUGAUCUGGCCUAUCACUACAUUCUUGGUCAUCACCUCCAUAAUUGUCCACGGCUCUUCUAUCGCAGUCUUUACCUUGGGUAAACACAUCAACACUUUGACCUUAACAAUGUCUUAUACCCAGGCUCACGAGGAUGGUCCAUCUUGGAUGAACCGCCUCCCCAGGAUCCAGACUACAUCAAAGACGUCUCUUUCUAUGCGAAAAGACUCCUGGGAGACGAUGGAGAAGCCAGAAUUCCCUCCUGGAACACUGGGCCCUAUCGGCGUCCCAGGAAACCUUCUAAGGAGACAGAGGGAUGAUGAUCAUCACAGUGCGCCAGCGAGUCGUGCAUCGAGCUUAAAAUCUAGCCGCAGACGUAAGCAAGGAGCUCAACGAAUCGGUGGACCGAUCAGCCAGUCUGCUAUCACUCCACAGCGACGGCCUGAAGGAGAAUUACAGGUCAGCAAACCUCCAAGUCCAGAACCAGAGCAUACAAGAGGACACCAACAAUAUCCUGAAGGAGAACCCCAUUCUCCCCGGGCCGAAGUUUACCAGGAGGGAGAUAACAUUAUUGUUGAGGAUGAAGAAGGAAAUGUGCUCGAACCUGAUCAGGUUCUGGGAGAGAAGAGCAGCGAGGCCAGCAAACCUGCCAGCGGGAUUAUGCAGAAGCUCUCCGCCUGGACUGGUCUUAGCAACACGCAAAAAGACGAAUCCCUUCCUCAAGUCAACCGUGAACGCCGCUCUGCUCGAGCAUAUCAGUUUGCCAAUACUAUUAUUGUCGAAGAUGAGGACGGAGAAGUCAUAAAGAAAUACACUAUCCCCUCAUCACCGCGGAAGGAAACCGGGACUGCAGCCGCUGGUGAUGAAGAGGAGAAACCUAAGUUGAUACGCCGUAUCACUAGGCUGGGUACCUGGACUGGCGAUAAUGACAACGAGGCUGCCGCAGCAGCAGCAAAGCAGGCAGAGGAGGAGGAUGCAGGCAUUCGAUUCACCGUGCCUUCUUCUGGGGAUGUCGAUGAUCACUUGAGAGGUCGCAGAAUGAGUAAACAAGACUUCAUCAAGCAAAUGCAGAACCUUGGGCCCAAGUCACCUAACGACGGUUCCGCAAAGUUCAGUAACUUCUUCCGACGUGACGGUAAUCGAGGACAGGUAAAUCCCCACCGAAGCAUGCCCGUUAGCGGUCCCCAUGGUGGAAGUACUGGUGCCCCGUCACCCCAGGAAAUUGCAGAGAUGUUAGCGCAGUACACCGGCCCUGAGGGCUCUGCUGCCGAUAAACGACGCCACAAGCAAUCCGAACCACUAUCUCGGGCAUCAUCAUUCAGCCGUCAUGACUCUGAAGAUGAUGGCACUGAACGUAUCCCCCCAGCCUACCGCCGUGCGAUUGCCGCAGGACAGCAGCCGCCAGAUCUAUUAUCACCAACUUUCCCUUCCAACCGCAGCAGCAAACAUGUGUCUAAGCUUGACGACGACAUAGAAACCCCUGCCGAACGGAAACGUCGUCUUGCUGCUCUCGGUGCCAGCUCGUCAAUGCAGCGUGAAUCCGACAGCGAGGAUGAUGGAGAGCCUCGUGCAGUUAAGGGCAAGGUCCAAUUCGCAGACGGAACCAAGCCGGCAAAGAGAAAGUCUCCUGUACAGACUACUUUCCCGCCGCCCAGCGGUGCCACCUCGCCAGAGCUGCCUUCUGCUCCUCCAGCCGUUUUUGCCCCUGAGAACAACCCCUUCUCAGAUGGCAGCAACGCACCCGGCUCUGCGAGCCGAAGUACCAACGAAGGGACCAGCCAUGGUAACGGAAAUAACGGUCACGGAAACACUCCUCGAAACGGCUCUAAGUCCAAAAUCUCCUGGGGAGGUGAAAUAGGCCGUUAA